AUGCGCGUAACAUCGAUUAGCCUCGUCCUGGCUGCUACCAUUGCCGCUGUGGUUGGCGUCACUCUUCCAUCUCAGGAUCCAUUCUAUACCCAGCCUGCCAACAUCUCUCAAUACGCCCCUGGAGCAGUCAUACGUAUGCGUCAAGUGUCCUCGAAUCUUUCCGGUCUCGUUCCAGGCGGGCAGAGUUUGGCAUCUCUCAAAGCUCUCUAUCAGAUCCUGUACCGCACCACGGACAACCUCAACAAUGCAGUUGCGGCAGUCACUUCUGUGUUGGUGCCUGAGAACGCGGACCCCAAUAAGCUCCUUGCAUACCAGACCGCAUAUGAUACGACAGACCCAGACAGUGUCCCGUCGUAUGCUUUCCAAUCGGGAACAAACGUUACCGAGGUCCCCGACAUCAUUUUCAUCAUCGCCGCCUUGGAUAAGGGUGUAUAUGUCGUGUCGCCUGACUAUGAGGGUCUGAACGGCCACUUUACUGAAGGAAUUAUUGCAGGACAAGCUACUCUGGACAGUGUGCGUGCUGCCUUCAACACUGCAGAUGUGACUGGACUUAGUACAAGCGUGAAGUAUGCUGCUUGGGGCUAUUCGGGAGGCUCCCUUGCAUCAGAAUGGGCUGCCGAGCUCCAACCACAAUACGCUCCUGAACUCGAGUUCCAGGGCUAUGCGCUCGGUGGCCUGAUACCCAAUGUUACCAACGUUCUGCUCACCAUCAACGGAGGACAGUCUUCGGGGCUUGCUUUUUCUGGACUCACAGGUCUCUCAAGAGCAUCGCCUGACUUCAACGCAACCCUUCGUUCAAACCUCGUACCUUCCAAAGCAGCCGAGUUCUUCACCAUUGGCGGCUCAUCCUUGGCCAAUGCUAGCUCGCUUGGUGGUUUCAAAAAUCUCUUUUCCUACUUCACAAGUGGGCGUGCAUUUACGAAAAAUCCCAUAUUCCAGAGCCUCUUAGCCAAAAGUGGCGUUAUGGGUGUUCACGGAAUCCCGCAAGCACCAAUGUUCAUCUACAAAGCUGCGGGCGACGAGGUCAGCCCGGUCGCCGACACCACUAAGCUUGUGAACCAGUUCUGCGCCACCAACGAUGUCACCAUCGAGUACCACAUCGACCUUAUUGGUGAACAUCUUACUGAAGCCAUCACUGGAAGCGCAUCUGCUCUAGCCUGGGUCUUGGACCGCUUGGAUGGAAAGCCUGUGUCCAAACUUGGUCAAUGCACCACCCAUUACGUGCUGCUAAGCAGUGCUUCCCUUGACACUUCAAUUGCACUAGACGAUGUGCUUGUGGCUGCACUGAAGGCCCUUUUGUAG